CCCGCCAGCGCCUCGGCCGACGGCAUGUCGCCGCUGCCCGAGGACCCCUCCACGGCCGCCUCGCUGGCCAGCAGCCGGCUGCCGCUCAGCACCUCGCUGGCCUUCUCCGACCUCACCGAGGAGCUGCUGGACGCCGGUGUCGCCAGGGAGUUGGAGGAGCUGCGCUCGGAGAACGACUAUCUCAAGGAUGAGAUUGAGGAACUACGUGCUGAGAUGCUGGAGAUGAGAGAUGUCUACAUGGAGGAAGAUGUCUACCAGCUACAGGAGCUCCGACAGCAGCUGGAUCAAGCCAGUAAAACCUGCCGUAUCUUGCAGUACCGUCUGCGUAAGGCAGAACGACGCAGCCUUCGUGUGGCACAGACUGGCCAAGUGGAUGGAGAGCUCAUCCACAGCCUUGAACAAGAUGUCAAGGUAGCCAAAGAUAUCUCUGUGCGGCUCCAUAAUGAACUUGAGGCAGUGGAGAAAAAGUGCAUUAAGCUGGAGGAGGAGAAUGAGGACUUGCGCCAGCGGCUCAUUGAGAGUGAGUUGGCCAAGCAGGUGCUACAGAACGAGAUGGACAAGCUGAGAGAGAAUUCUUUGAAGAAAAGAGGAUCACGCUCCCUUGGGAAAACAGACAAGAAGUCAUCUGCCCAGGAGGAUAACGCAGAUCUCAAGUGUCAAUUGCAUUUUGCCAAGGAGGAGUCUGCUCUCAUGUGCAAGAAACUGACAAAGUUAGCCAAAGAGAACGACAGUAUGAAGGAGGAGCUGACAAAAUAUCGGUCCCUGUACGGGGACCUGGAAAGCUCCCUCUCCAUCGAGGAGUUGGCUGACUCCCCUCAUUCCAGAGAGGCAGAGCUGAAGGUCCACCUGAAGCUUGUUGAAGAAGAAGCCAACAUCUUGAGCCGAAGGAUAGUAGAGCUUGAGGUGGAGAACCGAGGAUUGAGGGCAGAGAUGGAUGACAUGAAGGGGCAAGGGGAUAAAGAACUCUUAGGGGCAGACAUCCAGUUUGCCUUUUCCAUGACCAACUGCGGGGACUCUGGGGAGAGCGUGGCGGAGCUCCGACGGCACUUGCAGUUUGUGGAGGAGGAAGCGGAGCUGCUGCGGCGCUCACUGAUGGAGCUAGAGGAGCAGAACAAGCUCCUCAUGAACGAGCUCAAUAAGUACAAAUCUGAUCAUGACCUGGACAUCACCCUGUCUGAGGACAGCUGCUCUGUGAUCAGCGAGACCUCCCAGGAAGAACUGGCCACUGCCAAGGUGCAGAUCAAUGAACUCAGUGGCAAGGUCAAGAAGCUGCAGUAUGAGAACCGCGUGCUGCUCUCCAACUUGCAGCGCUGCGACCUUGCCUCUUGCCAGAGCAACCGGCCCAUGCUGGAGACGGAUGCUGAGGCAGGCGACUCUGCCCAGUGCGUUCCAACGUCGCUUUGGAGAGAGGUGCCUGUUGGGGGAGAGAACGACGCCAAGGAGAGAGUGCCCGGCAAUGGUUUUAGCAAGUCUCGGGAAAGCAGCAGCCCCAGCAAGUUCCUCAAAUCCAAGGACUUUGAGACCCUCUUUGACAUCAGGGACCAGGCAGCGCUGGUCAGCAAAGCCAUCGAUGUCCUGAUCUCCGAUGCCAACGGCUUUACCUCCAGCCUCAAGCUCUGUAUGGACAAUGACUGCGCUGAGCUGGUUUUGAGCGAAGCCAUGGAUAAUGAGGGCACCACGGACUCUAAGCUGAUCAAUGCCAUUUUGAUGCGGCUCGGGGUCCUCCAGCAGGAGCUGAACACCUUCAUGAGGAAGGUGGACCACAUUGGAGAUGGCCUGAAAGACCAGAAGGACUCCCUGCCAAGCUGCAGUUCCCAGGAUUCCACGAAAGAAGCUCUUCGGAAAGGGCAUGGCUCUGAAUUCCAGCAGUCUGACUUUAGGGAGGCCCCAGACUGGGACGUCGGAGAGAGCAGGACCUCUGAUCUGUACCACAGUAGCAGCAACAACAACAACAACACCAUUGAUGUGGAUCCCAACAUGGAACUUGACCGGAGCUACAAGUCAUAUCAACCAGAGGAGAAGGACUCUUAUGUGUCUGAGAUCAAGGAGUUGCAACUGGUUCUUUCAGAGGCUAAUGAGAGCCUGAGGGGCCUACAGGAACAGCUGUCCCAGGAGAGGCAGCUGAGGAAAGAGGAAGCAGAGAACUUCAGCCAGAAAAUCUGCCAGCUGAAAGAGGAUCACCAGAAGGCCCUCCUGAGGCGAGAAUUUGAGCUGCAGAGUCUGAACCUUCAGAGGAGACUAGAGCAGAAGUUCUGGAGCCAGGAGAAGAACCUUCUGGUGCAGGAAUCCCAGCAGUUCAAACAGAAUUUCUUGCUCCUUUUCAUGAAGCUCAAGUGGUUCCUGAAGCAUUGGAGGCAGGGGAAGGUCCUACAGAAUAAAGGCGACUUCUUGGAGGUGAACAGCAUGAAAGAACUGUACCUGCUGAUCGAAGAGGAGGAGAUGAAUCCCCAGCAGCAAGCAGAUAACAAGUCCUGUACUGGAGAUACCUGGUCUCAGAACACGCCCAAUGAGUACGUCAAGACCCUGUCAGACAUGAAGGUGAUCUUGAAAGAACUGUGCACAGAGCUGCGUGAAGAAAGGAGAGGCAUGAACGAGCUGCAGCAACAGUUUGCCAAGGCCAAAGCUACCUGGGAGGUAGAGAGGACUGAGCUCAAAUGUCUCAUCGCACAGCUGGAAUCCAAGGCUGGGAAAGGCCUGGCGGAGCGAGCUCUCUCUGACUGGAAAACGGCUCUGAAGAGGGAGCGGGAAGAGCACCAGCACCUCCUGGCUGAGUCCUACAGCGCUGUCAUGGACCUGACCAAGCAGCUGCAGAUCAGUGAGAAGAACUGGGACCAGGAGAAACUGGAGCUCCUGGGACGUUUCAAGGACGAGCAGCAGCAGGCAGAGCAGCAAGUGAGGGAGCUGCAGAACAAAAUUAACCAGCUGCAGAAGGGCGCUGACCAAUGGGCUUUGAAGAACUCUGAAAUGGAAAAGCAUGGCAGUAGCUGGAAAGAGACUCUUAAUGAGAAAAUCACUGACAAAGAAACUGUUUCCGAAGUGGACAUCAAAGGAAGUAACUUGAAAAGGACAAAAUCCGUUUCCUCAAUGUCUGAAUUUGAAAGCUUGCUUGACUGCUCUCCUUACCUUCCUGGCAAAACCAGUCCUGUGAUCACAGACAAUGCCCGCAGCCAAAAGGGGUCUCCAGCUACACAGGUGUUACAGGACCCUUUAAAGGACUCUGCAGGGCCCAAGAACUGUGCCCAUGGGAAUAGUGAGCAGCCUAUACCUGAGAGCCCGACCCCCAGAAAGCUUGACAUCUCUGCGUGUGAUUUCACCCAGACAAGCAGGUUCUCUGUGCAGGAUCAGACCCAGAAACAUAUGCAGAGGAGCUACACAGCCCCAGACAAGACGGGGAUCCGCAUAUACUAUAGCCCACCUGUGGUACGCAGGCUGGAGCCACCCCUAGUCCACAACAGAGAGGGGAAGAUCAUGGUGGAGCCUGGGUUCCUGUUCACAAUGGCCAAGCCCAAGGAGGAGUCGGACAGCUCAGAAAGCAUGUACAGCCGGUGGCUGUGCAACUUCUCCAAGCAGCACCGAGAGCUGCUCGAUGGUGGUACGGUUAGCGAGAAAGCUGUGGCCCCCGUCCCCAGGUUUCCACCUUCCCUGCAUGACCUUGAAAUCUCCGGCAACAUGAGUGAUGACAUGAAGGAGAUCACCAACUGUGUCCGGCAAGCUAUCCGCUCCAGCUCCCUGGAGAGGAAGAUUAAGAGCACGUCUAGCCAGACAGUGGGACUGGCCAGUGUUGGUACCCAGACUAUCCAGACUGUCAGCAUUGGUUUGCAGACAGACAUGCCCAGGGGCAGCAUCCACAGCAGCAAGAGCUGGUCUCCACGAAGCUCCUCCCUUAUGUCUGUGCGCAGCAAGCAGAUCUCGACAUCUUUGGACAAGGUCCACUCCAGAAUUGAACGGCCCUGUUGCUCCCCCAAGUAUGGAUCUCCCAAACUCCAAAGAAGAUCAUCUUCUAAGCUGGACAACUCCAAGGACCGAAGCCUGUGGAACCUCCAUCAGGGUAAGCAAAACGGGUCAGCCUGGGCUCGUUCCACCACGACCAGAGACAGUCCAGUUCUCAGCAACAUUAACGAUGGCUUGUCCAGCUUGUUCAAUGUGGUGGAGCAUUCUGGGAGCACAGAGUCCAUCUGGAAGCCAGGGUGUCCAGAAAGCAAAGCCAAGCCGGAAGCACCCAAGUAUGGGAUCGUGCAAGAGUUUUUCCGGAAUGUGUGUGGCAGAACUCAGAGCCCCACGUUGGUUCCCGAGAAGAAAGACCCAGUAGGGGGUGACAACGCCAGCAAGAAGCCAGAACUUUCCUCCUCAGCUGUGCUCCAGCAGUCUGAAAACACUGCCAAGAUCCUUGACAAAAAGCCCUUGAAGCCCAGUUGCAGUGAGGAACCAAAGCUGUCCAUCCCAAGCCAAGGUGGCAAGGACAGAGCCUUAAAGGAGCUGGACACCAUCUCUGCUACUAUUGCCAAUGAGGACGUUGCCUGUGAUUGCAGCUCCCAGUCGCUGACCUCCUGUUUUGCUCGGCCAUCACGCUCAGCUGUCCGCCACUCCCCUUCCAAGUGCAAGUUGCACCCCGCUGAAGGCAGCCGGGUGGAAGAGAAAGCAGCGCCCCCGAGUGAGUGAGGGGGCUGCACUUGCUGGUGUGCUGAUGGAAGAGCAUCUCUGCCCUGGAACCAACCGCCAGUCCCAUGGCCAUCUGUCGGACUGGCGACCUCUGAGCCAGCCACAGGCGAGGGGCUCUGCUCUUGGAUACUCAGAGCAGUGACGUACAGCACUGCCUGUCUGUCUUAGCUCAGCAAGGAAACCUGCAACUCCGAAGCGGUGCUCUAUAGCCAGGGGACAGAGUGGGAGUCUUACUAGGGGCAUGGUUUCUUGUCACUGGAAGCCUUUCAGUCCCUUCCCCGCCUCCCUCAGUAGGAAUGUGAUCUACAAGAGCUGGACACUGCCAGAGUCUAUUGAAGCAGUCGGUGCUGUUUUCAUGGCAUCGUGUGUGUGUGUGUGUGUGUGCGUGUGUGUGUGUCUCUCCUUUGUGAAAGAUGUGUCACAGUGAGAGGCAUCAGGGAGUGUUGUGAAGUAUCAGUGGAGCUGCUUGGCUGUGUCUGAGGGGGAGGGAGCACCAGAGAGCUGGUUUCAAAGCCUUAAGAACUCCGAAGAACAGCUGUGCUGAAGGAUUGUCCCUGACUGAGGCACUUGCUGAGGUGUACAGAGAGGGAGGAUUGGGAGGUGGGAGAGGGUGUUGUCAAAUCUUUGCUAAGGAAAUGCCACCAUAACAUCAGUGCUCUGGGCUUUUGAGUAGAACUAGGCUGGAAACAGACUGGUCUGCGACCAUGUCCCUGUGGGCAGUUCUUUUCGGGUGUGUCCAACCUGUGGUGCCAUUACUGGGCUGUGCUCCCAGCCUGCACUGCAGUUAAGUCCUGGCACAGAGUAUGGUCAUACAGAAGUGAUGCCAGCAGUGAACCAUUUCUUCCUCAAACAAGGGCCCCAUUUGAGCCACCACUUCUGCAGGUUUGGUGCAGGAGGCAACCAUGGUGCCACACGGCCUGGGUUGCCUUCCUGUCCACUUGCAUCAAGCUUCCCAUGAUUACUAAGAGGCAGAAGUAGAGUUGGGCUUUCCUCUUUAGGCCGCUGAUGUCAUCUCGAUAGCUCUGAACAAUGGUUGCUUUGUUGUAUCGGCCUCUGCUUCUGUGCUUGGCUGGCCAGGGUGUAGUUGAGCAUAGGGCCGUCACAGAAAGGGAAAGCUAUCCUGCCAUGUCUCCAGCCCCGUUCCCACUUUUCCCUGCCCCAUGCAAUGGAUGGCUGCAGCUAUUCCUAAGGAGAAUAGGUGCUGCCUUUUUUUUUUUUUUUACAGGAAAUCUCAGCACAUCUGUGACCAACAGGAUUCUGUAAGAAUGAUUGUUUUAAGGGAGAAAGGACUCAGUGCAGUGGCAAACAAGCACAGAUCCAUUAAAAUGAAAACCCUGGGAGACAGUGGAAAGGUAGAGGAGGUAGCACCUUUCCAGUACUGAGUGGGGUGCAGAACAUUCCAGCGACCUGGGAGGUGUGUGUGGCAACUUCACAUCUCAGGGCAGGGCUUCUCCUGUGUCAUAUUCCCUGUUUGUUGCAGCAAGGACUCCAGUUACUCAACAGUUCAAUGCUUGGUAGUUCCCAUGCAUUGACCCUCUCUUAGGACAAAGGCAUCUCUUGGCUUGCUGUCCUUUUGGCUCCCCUUGUGUGUCUGGGAUUAUCUGCUCACAUAAUCAACUUUCAGAGCCCCAGCAGAGGACCUCACUGUGCACUGACCUUUCCUCCUUGGGGGAGGAGGGAUUGGGGGGGGGAUGUCAGGUGCUCCCCCUGUUUCUGUAGCACAGGCUCAUUGAUAUUGCAGUGCCUCCUAAGUGACACUUCUGCAGGGCAGUGGUCUGCAUGUGUAGGACAGUGCUGCCUCACAGUAGUUAGAGCAUCCUGAAGUAACCUAGAGACUUCAGUGAUGUACACCACCAGCAUCAAACGGCAGUGCCUCAUCACUGUGUAGAGCACAACUCGGACCAAGCACUAGCUUCUUAGGAAGUACCCUUCUAGAGAGGGACAGUCCUCCUGGGAUUACAUCACUUGAGAAUGCAGCUUGAGGAUCAGGUUUCUCUUUGUAAAAAAGAAAAGAAAAAUCAACUCAAAACUCCAUGCAUAUAAAACACUUGCCUAUCAGGCAGAAGAUUAGUUAGAACACUUUCCCUGAUGUGUCAGCUUUCCAAAGUCAGGAAACAUUUGAUGUGACAGAGUUUAAACAUGCCACAUGAUCCCACCUGCAUUCUAAAGAGGUAUAGUCUCAGGGAGGGGCUGUACCAUCUGUUUUAUAUAAAAAUGCACAACAGUCCUUACAGAGGGUCAGGGAAGAAUGUUCCCGAGUAAAGGUGCAAUAGAAUCUGACUGAUCGAUAUCAAGGUCAGAUGGUGUUGCUACUACAAGAUAACUGGUCACUAUCAUGGACUACAGAGACGAUUAAAAUUGUCCUAGCCUCCUCCAUCACUCAGGUCAGAGAGACUUUGGAAAUCUCAAAUCAUUAUGGAGCUUCUCAGAUGAGUUGUUGCAAACUGUGUGAACAUGGUUGGCCACUCUGUGAACAGAAUGCUGGACUAGAUGGACCCUUGAUCUGAUCCAGCAUGGCUCUUCGUAUGUUCUUAAACAAGUUUCUUUGAAUAUCCCCCGUCUGGAACCUGUGUGAAUUUUGGCGGUUUUUUUAAUACACUGAUGAAUUUGUAUCAUGCAGUUUGUAAUUUUAAUUUGUACUUCUCACUAAUAUGAGAUAAAGUUCAAUUAAUUAUCUAAAUAAUGACUAUUGCAGCAGUAUAAAUAUAUGUGGCAUUCUAUUAUCUAUUAUAAAAUUAUCUAUUGUGACAUGUUUACAACUAGAGACCAUAGAAUUUAAAAAAACCAGCCUAAAUUCUCCAGCAAACUAAGCUGAAUUUUGCAAUACAAAAAUUAUGCUAAAUAUAUUUGCUAAUUUUGCCUAAUUUAUUCUGCUACUCCUAGUCAUGGAGAGGGGCAAAAAAGAAUUUAAAGUAAUCCUUUCCCUUUUGCUUGGAGAUUCUGCUCAGCUCAUCUUCUACCUCCUCAGAUUUCACCAGAGUUACCCACUUCAUUGUCCACAAACUUUCAAGCAUAUCUUUACUCUACUAAGGCAUAGAAAUUGAUUGCAAAAUAUACAUUUUUGUACCAUUUUAUUCAUAAGGUCAGUCAAAUUUGCACCAUUUAAUUCAUAAUGUCAGUCAAAUCUGGACUUGGCUUAGAAUGUUUAUUUCAGCUCUUGUCAUAAUAUUAAAACCAAUACCCAACCACUAAGAAUUGGGUGAGUUGGGUCAGCAGGUGUCUAUCUGAUCUUGUGCCCUAGAGCAGCCUUCAUAAGAGCUGGAAAGGAGGGGGGUCAGUGUGCAUCCUGGUUCUCCCCCCGCCCCCCACUCACUAGGGACAUUUCUGAUGCUUGGACUUUGCAGCCUACUAAGGAGAAACACAAAAAUAAUCGGGCCAGUCCUUCCCUUGAAACUUCUGCAGUUGUCAGCUCUGUGAUUUCUUUACACAAAUAUUUGCUGGAAAAGACCAAGAAGCCAAGGUGGUUAUUAAGGGAUGAAUGAUGCCUCUGGGACUCCAUUAGAGAUGUCUGAGUGUGCUGUUUUGGUUAUUGUUCUUUUGUUGAGUGACAGGCAUUUGCUCCUAUUGCAGUCUCCCUUGUUCUGACAUGCAUGUCCAUUAUGUUCCUAUUUGUAAUCAAAGAUCUGUGUUGCCAUUUCUAACAGGGAAGAUGAUUCAGGAGGACCUGCAGUUUCAUCCUUCGUGUGGAAAUAAGCCCAAUUGAAUUCAGUGAUGCUUACUUCCAAGCAUAAGAUGGCAGCUGAAGUUUGACUUCAAUUAAAAACACAAAAAGCAAAACCAACUUAGGUCACCCCUGCCUAACAUACUUUUAUUAUUGGAGUAGGUUUCGUGGAUCCUCUGUAUGGUUCUUGUCAGUUUUACAAAGUAGAAGUUUGGAUAGUUCCUUCAGGCAAUCACUUAAUUUUAUUCUCUCUCUCCCCUUCACCCACCCCAUUGUCAUUGUGUACCUUCAAAUUGCAUUAGCCAAUGCAGCUAGACUGAAGCCUAGUGAUCACUAAGCAAAAACAUCUCCAUUAUUCUUUCUAUUUUCAUGCAAUAGCAGGCUAUGUAGAGCACAGGCCAAAGGGUGGGGAAAUCAGUGUAACUUUAGAUCCUUGAUCUCCUUUUAAAGGAGUUUCUUUAAAUACUGACAUUCUCUAAAUUUGGAGGUAGGGAAGCAGGUGAGCCAGGUAGAAGAUUAGCCAAGAUAAAAAUACCCUUUGGAUUAUGGGAUUGCAGGUGCAAGGUAGCCAGCACUGUCCUUGUACGACAGUCUGGAGAUACGCUUGCUUGGUUUAGCAGGGAAUGAGUUCAUUCUCAAGGGAGGCAACCAGUCCAAUCCCUAAAUAUAGAGGUGGUAGAAAAGACUGGAGGAGCAGCAAAA